AUGUUCACCAAACAAUCUCUUCUCGCGUUCGUCGGGGCCCUGGCCCUGGCCGCGGCUACGACUAUCACUGAAGAGAACCCAACUCAGGCUGAGAUCGAUGCAGCCCGUGCUACGACCCUGCCUUACUCUCCUGUGUCAAACGUAACGGGUUUGGCUUUUAAUCGUUUCGUGGACAUCUGGCUCGAGAACACAGACUAUGAAGAUGCUGCUUCAGAUGAGAACCUGGCCAAGCUGGCUAAGGAGGGUAUCCUCCUGACCAACUACUGGGCCAUCUCUCACCCCUCGCAGCCUAACUACUGUGCUGCCGCCGGUGGUGACGCAUUCGGCAUGGAUAGUGACGACUUCCUACAGAUCCCCUCCAAUGUCUCAACUAUUGCCGAUCUGUUUGAUACCAAGCACAUCUCUUGGGGUGAAUACCAAGAGGACAUGCCCCAUGCCGGCUACCAGGGCAAGCGAUACCCCCUGGACGGUGCGAAGUCGUACGUGCGCAAGCACAACCCGCUGAUUCAGUUUAACUCGGUUACCGACGACGCCGUGCGCCCGCGCCAAAUCAAGAAUUUCACCACUUUCUACGAAGACCUGAAGCACCACAGCCUUCCCCAACACAUGUUCAUCACACCGAACAUGGUCAAUGACGCCCACGACUCCAACAUCACUUUCGCCGGCAACUGGACCGAUCGCUUCCUGUCUCCCCUGCUGAAGGACGAGUACUUCACCAAGGACAGCCUGGUGCUGCUCACCUUUGAUGAAAAUGACACCAAGCCCUACCCCAACCGACUCUUCAGCUUCCUGGUUGGAGGUGCUGUCCCGGAGCACCUGAAGGGCACAACCGACGACACUUUCUACACACACUACUCAAUGAUCGCCUCCAUGUCUGCUAACUGGGGUCUGCCCUCGCUUGGCCGCUGGGAUUGUGGCGCCAACCUGCUGAAGAUGGUCGCUGACAAGACCGGCUAUGUCAACUGGGAAGUUGAUACCAGCAAUGUCUACCUCAAUCAGACUUACCCUGGCCCUAUGUCGACCAAAGGCCACUAUUCCUCCAAGUGGCCCGUUCCUGCCACCAAGGGCGGGUGCUCUGCCGGCCAUGGUGUUGCUGAGAUUGUGAAGAAUACCUACGACCGUCUUCAACCCACCUACAACUACACCAGCCCUGUGCCGUAUGACGCGGCCAGUGGAAACAACGUCGGCAUCAAGUACCACCGUACCCUGGUAUGCGCCCUUUGUUUUUCUUCCCUUUGA